AGUUUUACAGUGGGACACACGAGAGGGACGCACGCUGAGAGCGACUUCCGACGCCGUAUAGCAGACAGUAUGAGCAGAGUUUUUUGUAUUUACUGUUGAACAGUAGUGAUAACAAUGGAGGUGCUUGGAGGAGAGUUUUGUAACAUGACUCCUCAGGAGCUGGCGGCUCCUGUCAACACUGUAGCGGAAAAAUGGAAACUGUUACCAGCCUUCCUGAAGGUGAAAGGACUGGUUAAGCAGCACAUUGACUCAUUCAACUAUUUCAUCAAUGUGGAGAUAAAGAAAAUAAUGAAAGCAAAUGAGAAGAUCACAAGUGAUGCGGAUCCAAUGUGGUACCUCAAAUACCUCAAUAUCUAUGUUGGCAUGCCUGAUGUUGAAGAAAGCUUCAACGUGACCAGACCAGUAUCUCCUCAUGAGUGUCGUCUCAGAGACAUGACCUACUCAGCGCCCAUCACAGUGGACAUAGAGUACACUCGUGGCAGUCAGAGAAUCAUCCGCAAUGCACUGCCCAUCGGAAGGAUGCCAAUCAUGCUGCGAAGCUCAAACUGUGUUCUCACAGGAAAGACGUCAAUGGAGUUUGCAAAACUCAAUGAAUGUCCUCUGGAUCCAGGGGGUUAUUUCAUUGUAAAAGGUCAGGAGAAAGUAAUUUUGAUCCAAGAGCAGCUGUCCAAGAAUCGAAUCAUUGUGGAGCAAGACAGGAAGGGUGCAGUUGGAGCCUCAGUUACCAGCUCCACUCAUGAGAAGAAAAGCAGAACUAAUAUGAUUGUCAAACAAGGCAGAUUCUACCUGAGACACAACACGCUGUCAGAGGAUGCCCCAAUUGCCAUCAUAUUCAAGGGUAUGGGUGUAGAGAGUGACCAGGAGAUCGUGCAGAUGAUCGGUACGGAGGAGCACGUUAUGGCCAGCUUCGCCCCGAGCCUGGAGGAGUGUCAGAAGGCCCAGAUCUUCACACAGACUCAGGCUCUGAGGUACCUUGGGAAUAAAGUACGGAGACAGCGCAUGUGGGGAGGCCCCAAGAAGACCAAGAUGGAGGAGGCCAGAGAGCUUUUGGCGUCUCUUAUCCUCACACAUGUGCCUGUGAAAGAGUUUAACUUUCGGGCUAAGUGUAUUUACCUUGCUGUGAUGGUGCGGAGGGUGAUCCUAGCUCAAGGGGACAACAAGGUGGACGACAGAGAUUACUAUGGCAACAAACGUCUUGAGUUGGCUGGACAGCUCCUGUCUCUGCUGUUUGAAGAUCUGUUUAAGAAGUUCAACUCUGAACUGAAGAAAAUCGCUGACCAGAUCAUCCCCAAGCAGAGAGCAGCUCAGUUUGAUGUGGUGAAGCACAUGCGGCAGGAUCAGAUCACCAACGGCAUGGUCAAUGCCAUAUCCACGGGCAACUGGUCUCUGAAGAGAUUCAAGAUGGACCGUCAGGGUGUCACCCAGGUCCUGUCUCGACUAUCCUAUAUUUCGGCUCUUGGCAUGAUGACCAGGAUCUCCUCCCAGUUUGAGAAGACCAGGAAGGUCAGCGGGCCGCGCUCCCUGCAGCCAUCACAGUGGGGCAUGCUGUGUCCGUCUGACACCCCUGAGGGAGAGGCCUGUGGUCUGGUGAAGAACUUGGCUCUGAUGACCCACAUCACCACCGACAUGGAGGACGGUCCGAUCAUCAAACUGGCCUUCAACCUGGGUGUAGAAGAUGUCAACCUGCUGUGUGGAGAGGAGCUCUCCUAUCCGAGCGUUUUCCUCGUCUUCCUCAAUGGUAACAUUCUUGGUGUGAUUCGAGAUCAUCAUAAGCUGGUCAACACCUUCAGACUGAUGCGCAGGGCGGGUUUUAUCAACGAGUUUGUGUCUAUCUCCACCAAUUUGACCGACCGCUGCGUCUACAUCUCAUCUGAUGGAGGACGUCUCUGCAGGCCGUACAUCAUAGUGAAGAAGGGACAGCCAAUGGUGAAAAACAAACACAUAGAAGAUUUGUCACAGGGCUACAGAACCUUUGAAGACUUUCUGCACGAAGGCCUGGUGGAGUACCUGGAUGUCAAUGAGGAGAAUGACUGUCAGAUCGCCCUUUAUGAACACAUGAUAACCAAAGACACAACACACUUAGAGAUCGAGCCCUUCACGCUGCUCGGGGUGUGUGCUGGCCUCAUUCCCUACCCCCACCACAACCAGUCACCCAGGAACACAUACCAGUGCGCUAUGGGCAAGCAGGCCAUGGGUACUAUUGGCUACAACCAGAGGAACCGUAUCGACACUCUCAUGUACCUGCUGACGUAUCCUCAGAGGCCCAUGGUCAAAACAAAAACCAUCGAGAUGAUUGACUUUGAGAAGCUGCCUGCUGGUCAGAACGCCACCGUGGCUGUGAUGAGCUACAGCGGCUACGACAUUGAGGACGCUCUGGUCCUCAACAAAGCCUCGCUUGACAGAGGAUUUGGCAGGUGCCUCGUCUAUAAAAACGCCAAGUGCACACUGCGGCGUUACACCAACCAGACCUUUGACAAGGUGAUGGGGCCCAUGCUGGAUGCUGCCACACGAAAGCCCAUCUGGAGGCACAGCAUCCUGGAUGCUGACGGCAUCUGCUGCCCCGGUGAGAGAGUGGAGAACAAGCAGGUGUUGGUGAACAAGUCCAUGCCAACUGUCACCCAGACACCACUGGAGGGCAGUACCCAGCCAGGCCAGCCCCAGUACAGAGACGUGCCCAUCAGCUAUAAGGGCUCAACUGAUUCGUACAUCGAGAAGGUCAUGAUCUCAUCCAACGCUGAAGACGCUUUCCUCAUCAAGAUCCUCCUGAGGCAGACUAGGAGACCAGAGAUAGGAGACAAAUUCAGCAGUCGGCACGGACAGAAAGGUGUUUGUGGCCUUAUUGUUCCACAGGAGGACAUGCCGUUCUGUGACUCGGGCAUCUGUCCAGAUAUUAUUAUGAACCCUCACGGAUAUCCCUCCAGAAUGACGGUGGGAAAGUUGAUUGAACUGCUGGCUGGGAAGGCGGGAGUCCUGGACGGACGGUUUCACUACGGUACGGCUUUCGGAGGCAGCAAAGUGAAGGAUGUGUGUGAGGAUCUCAUCCGUUAUGGAUACAACUACCAGGGCAAAGACUAUGUCACCUCAGGAAUCACUGGGGAACCGCUGGAAGCUUAUAUCUACUUUGGACCGGUGUAUUAUCAGAAAUUGAAGCACAUGGUCCUCGACAAAAUGCAUGCCAGAGCCCGAGGCCCCAGAGCUGUUCUCACCAGGCAGCCUACGGAGGGCCGCUCCAGAGACGGAGGGCUGCGUCUGGGCGAGAUGGAGCGCGAUUGUCUGAUCGGCUACGGAGCGAGCAUGUUACUGCUGGAGCGCCUCAUGAUCUCCAGUGACGCCUUUGAGGUGGACGUGUGCGGACAGUGUGGCCUGUUGGGGUACUCUGGGUGGUGUCAUUACUGUAAGUCUUCCUGCCACGUUUCCUCCCUGCGUAUCCCGUACGCCUGUAAGCUGCUGUUCCAGGAGCUGCAGUCCAUGAACAUCAUCCCCCGCCUCAAACUGUCACGCUACAACGAGUGACCAGGACAGGGACAGAAACACAGUCUGUGUGAGUGAAAGGUUUAGAGUUAGAGAUAUAAUUUACAAAGUCUGAAACAUUCAUUUGUAAAAGAUAUUAGAGUUGUAAAUGAGCAGAAAGAAACAGGCUAAAGCUUUAAAAAAAUAAAUUGUAUUUUGACAUUUUUGUUGGUGUUCACAAACCAAAACAAUGUGAAGUUUCUUUUUUAUGUUGAUACUUUCUCACCAUUUUGCCCUUUGUAUGUGUACAUAAUAAACACAAAAAGAUAAUUUCACAAUCA